AACUGGCAUGGCGGUACGGUACGCAGAUUUUUGUUUUGGAAACACACCGCUCUGGAUUUUGGAAUGGUCUUUUGUGAAUAUUCAGUUUUCUUCCUGGUAGAUGUAUUUUGUGUAGUUAUAAAUUCAUGCAGUGCACCUCAUUCUACAGUUUUUCUUAAAGGACCACAGAAUGUGGUUUUUGGUAGCUGCCAAGAGCGAACACUGUUUCCAUACCACUGCGCUCCGGAUCGGAUGGGAAACGAGCUAUCACUGAAAGGAUGUCCACACCGGGGUCCCGGCUGCUAUGACAACCACACUGUGGGCACUAUUGUCUAUGAGCUGGAGAAGAGGCCAUUGAGCAAGAAAGGCUACAUCUUGGCAGCAAGAACCGCAGCCCGCUUCCUGCCCCCAGCCCAGACCAACACUCCCUCCCCCCAGAAGUAUCAGAACGAUUGGUCCUGUCUUAAGCUCCUCCCACCCUGCAAACCCCCCUUUUCCUCAUCUACACAGAGGUUCAUGACCCAGCGGGUAACACUGGACUCUAACCCUGGGUGAAAGACAUUUAUUCCUACGAAGUGCUGCCUCUGAAUUCCCUGUGACGUAUUAGCAUCGCGCCCAGGAUGUGACCCCGUCUGGUGCUGCCUCUGAAUUCCCUGUGACGUAUUAGCACCGCGCCCAGGAUGUGACCCCGUCUGGUGCUGCCUCUCAAUUCCCUGUGACGUAUUAGCACCGCGCCCAGGAUGUGACCCCGUCUGGUGCUGCCUCUCAAUUCCCUGUGACGUAUUAGCACCGCGCCCAGGAUGUGACCCCGUCUGGUGCUGCCUCUCAAUUCCCUGUGACGUAUUAGCACCGCGCCCAGGAUGUGACCCUGUCUGGUGCUGCCUCUCAAUUCCCUGUGACGUAUUAGCAUGGCGCCCAGGAUGUGACCCUGUAAUGCCACAAACUGGCAGCAUGCAGUAAUACUAUUGGACUUGGUCACAAGGAUAAAGUACUGAAACCCACCCAUAAUUUCCGAUGAGUCGAUUGCCAAAGGAGGAGCUGUCAUUCAGAUGCUUGCAUAAGUUCAGUGUCACUGAAAGAUUGAUCACAAUCCCCCACUAACUGCCAGUUCUUUCCACAGCCCAGGCUUGUAUGCUCAUGAUGCUCCCCACACUAGGAAAGUAUCGUGGCCAAUGAGGUUCGGCCCCCCCGACUGGACUCAGGUGCCCAUGCUGAAGAGGCGGAGCCUGAGG